AUGCUCGUCUCUUCGGAUUCUGGAGGCAAGAAGCGAGAGAAUCAUGUCAUCCCUUCUAAUGUUGUGAAGGGGAACGAAUGUCAACUGAAAGAAGCACCUCUAUGUACACUAAUUGUGUCAUUCACGGACGAUGAGGCAAAAGAUGUCACGUCUGCACAUGUAUUCACCAUGACUACUCCACAACUCUACCCUCAAACAAGAAAAACUGUCUACAAAAGUGGGUCCUCAUCACAAAUGUCGUUAACAUCGACGCCAUUUAGUACCGACGAUGAGCGUUACAGUGGGUAUACCAAUUCUGCGAUGUCCCCACCACUCCAAAAACAAUUAAUCCAAGAAGUUUCUCUAUCCUAUUCCGCUCCAUACACCUCCACAGUUAAACCAUCAAGACAUGAUUUACCGCUUGCUUUCUCCCCAUAUUCACUUGAGUCAGAGUACGAAAAAAUUGACGAUCUACAUUCCCACACUUAUAGCAACGAUUCUCGAUUGUCUAAGCAUUCAAAUUCUACUUCCAAAAAAGUUGACUCCGUCGAGCGACUAUUGAAUACCGGCCGGAAGGAGACUGAGUUCCCAGCUCAAUCUGAGCAAGUCCCUUAUUUCUCUGCCCAAUCAGCUAUCAAAGCUGGUAGAGUCACUUCUGCUCAUACUCCGAGAGGAACUCCAAGAGACACUCCUAGAGAUACUCCUGUAUCUUUUGACCAAAUUUCUACCGGACGCUUGGAUAGCCCAGGCUCCCAAAAUUUGAUAGUUUCAGAGAGCACUACUUUUGAGGAACUGACCACGAUUACUACUUCCAAUAACCGCACUACACGAAAGAAGGAAAUCAAGACAGAAAUGCCGACAGUCAACGCCUUAACCAAACAGUUUGAGAUUUCGUCUCAUCAAGAAAGAGUGGUUCCUUUGAGACCAAGAAAAAAUUCGAAUACUGCAGUUUCGGUUAAUGGGAACGCCAAAUCCAGAUCUAGAGUCGUGGUUAUUGAUAAGUCUGAAAGAAACUCAAAGUAUGCCUCAAACCGACCAGCUGUUGUUUACUCCCCUGGCGGCAUAUUAACGACCACAAUUGUUGACAUUGAACCGGCACGCUUUGGACGACGAACCGAAGAAUAUAAAAUAGAGGAACAAUACAUUGUCAAAAGAUAUGAUAAUGACUCGCCGAACAACUAUCAAGGACAAGGUCAAGGGUUCCAAAAACAACAAACCACAGAGUACAGAGCUUAUCAAACCAACCAAAAACAAGACAACUAUAAUGAUAGGACUCGUGAGAAAUUUCAUAGAAGUUACAGUGCUGCUGAAAACCGACAGAAUCUCGAAUCUCCGGUAGAUACAUCUCCCAUUGAUGUAGUCAAAAAUGUGAUUGAUCGCUGGGAAACCAAGAUUGGAGGUACUACAACUCGUACCAAUGAGCAGCAACUCCGUUCAGUAUCACGUGUGGAUAUGAAUGAUAAUGUCUCCAGAAACACUCAAGAGAAAAUAAUAUUCCGCCAAAGAAGCGAGUCUCAACCUGUUGAACGAGUCAUCCCAAUUUCUCCACUUCCACCUCCAACCGAGCCAAUCCGACAAACUCAAGGAGUAGUACAAACCUAUGAAGAGUUCAAAACAGUUGUCGUCAAACAAUCCGUUGACCCAGAACCUGUCGCACCACUCGCUUACACCCCAGAAGUAAUUACCUCUCCAAUUGAAACAGUUGUCUCUCCACCACCAAUCCCCACACCAUCUCCAACUCUUGAUAUUGCCGAAGAGGAAAUUGUGAGAACUGACGAAACCGUGACAACUCAGCAUACAAUCACUGAACAUUCCAUUCUGACUAAAGAGACCAAACAGGAGGAGGAAAAGAAAUACGUCACUGAUAGCAAAAAAGUUGCGGUGGAAAUUGCGGAGACAAAGGUUGUGACAGAGGCGGAGGAAAAGGGGAAACAGAAACCGUUGACACCAACGCCAACUCCUGUGCCACAGUAUUCGGAAUCGAAGGAGGAGGAGAAGAUUGAAACUGUAGAGAAAACUGAAACGAAGAAAGAUGAAGAGUAUCUUCACCACUUUUUGGAUAGAGACUAUCGAAUCAAGACAUAUGAAGAGUGGUCUACCACGAGACGACUCAGAGAUAGAUCUCAGCCACCAGAGAGACCACCAACUUCUUAUUCAUCAUAUUCGGAUCGUUCCAAGUCUAUUGAUAGAACUUAUGAGAGACGUGUUUUGGGAAGCGGAAUGUCUAGAACAUACUCAGAAGGUCGUGGGCUUGCUAGUGGAGCAGCUUACACAUCCGGAUUUGGUGGAUUGGUCAGUGGAAUGUCAUCAGCUGGAGCAAUUUGCACCACUCAAAUUCGUGAUGCUCGUGAGCGUGAGAAGAGAGAAAUCGGACUCUUGAACGAUCGUCUUGCCGAUUAUAUUGAGAAGGUCCGAUUCCUUGAAGCUCAAAACCAAUGCCUCAGCCACGACAUCGACAUUCUCCGCCGUGGAUUCAGUGGAGGUGGUCAUGUGUCUGGACUCUACGACACUGAAAUUGCCCAAGCCAAGCGAAUUCUCGAGCAAAUAAUUGCCGGCCGUACCGUUUUUGACAGAGACAUCACUGCUCUUUCUGCUGAUAUUGAUGGGUUCCGCAAGAAGUGGAUUGACGCCGUCAACGCAGUCAAGGCUCACCGUGAGGACCACGACGUCGACCUCGACAGACUCUCCAAGAUUGAGGCUGAAAUCUCUCUCUACAAGAGAAAGAUCCGUAUUGUUGAGGAGGAUGUCAUCAGAAUCCGCAGAGAAAACGACGGUAUCUACAAUGAAAUUGCCAGAAUCAAGCAGCUGACUCACAACGAAAUCGCUUUGAAGAACGAGCGCAGUUUGAAUGUCCAAGACCUUCUCCAACGCAUCAAGCUCUGCCAAACUGAAAACAGCACCAAGAUCGAGCAAGAACUUGUCUUCAUCCGCCGUGACACCACCGCCGAGAAUCGUGACUACUUCAGACAUGAACUCCAGGCAGCUAUCCGUGACAUCCGUGCCGAUUAUGAAGCUAUCAGCAUCCGCAACCGCAACGACAUCGAAGUCUGGUACCGCGAGCAAAUCAGAAAGAUCCAGAGCGAGUCCACCCGUGUCAACCCAGACCUUUACAAGGAGGAGUUGGUGUCUAUCCGCUCAACGGUGACAAGUGUGAAGAGCAGACUCGCUGAAGUUGAAGGAAGAAACUUCUUCCUUGAAAAACUCAUUGAAGACCUUAGAAACAACGAGGAAUCCAAGAUGUUCGAGAUCAGUCUGGCUGAAAAAGACGCCCAGAUUGCCAGACUUCGUGAGCAAUGCACAGAGCUCAGCAUCCAAAUGGAGAGACUCUGCGACAACGAAAUUUCCCUCCGUGCCGAAAUCGAGAGAUACCGCGUUCUCCUGAAUGGUGCCAAUGUGACCACCUAUGUGUCCAACACCCACCCCGCCACCUCCCAAAUCCAUGUCGGAGGAAACGUUGGAAGCACCCGAGUGAUCUCCCAAACCACCCGAACCCACAGCAGUAGCAAUACCAGCUACACCGGAGUUCCCACUUCUAGAAGUGGCGCUGGUUACACUGUUGGAGGAAACAUUGGAGGAAUCUCUGUUGGUGGAACAAUCGGAACCCAUGGAGCAUCUGGACAUGUAUCCGGAGGUGCCGCAGGAAGCGAAACCAGAUCAUCAGUAGCGUCUCUCAUCUCCGAAAAACGUCCAGACAGAGUGCACGAUGAAAAAGGAGUCGACGCGUCUGGAAGAAACUUCCACAGCUGGUACUUGGGAACUAUUUCUAUCAACCAAGUAACUCCAAGUUACAUCGAGUUGAAGAACAUUUGCAAGAUCAGACGCGUUGAUGUAGGCGGUUUCAGAGUUGAGCAAUCUGUCAACGGCCACUUACUCGGAAGUGCACAAAUCAACGUUCCUCUUAUUCUUGAUCCACAAGAAGUCGUGAGGUUCAACCACAGACACGGAAAAUAUCUUGGUCAAUUCUUCAUGGACGUUGAUGCAUUUGACAACUCUGUCAAUGCCAGAACUUCAAUGUUCAAUUAUUCAGAGCCUGAUGAGGAGCGUGCCUGGUUUGUGUACCUCGACUAG